UGGAAAACUUGCCAGAUGAAGUAAUAAGACUAAAUUUUCGAUUUGAGAGGUCUGACCUUCAUAGGCUGAUGGCUGUUUUACGAAUACCUUCAGAAAUUGUCACUAUCACACGUAAUAAAGUGGAUGGUUUAACAGCAUUGUGCAUUCUACUAAGACGGCUGGCAUAUCCAAACAGAUUGUGUGAUAUGGUCCCUAUGUUCCACUUGUCAACUCAGUCUUUGUCACAAAUCAUAAAUAAAUUGAUAAGUGUGAUUAUGGAGGAGCAUGCUGUACUUCUCAACAAUUUGAAUUCAUUGCAGUGGUUUAAUAGGGAGAAGUUGGAGUAUUAUGCACAGGCUAUUCAUAAUAAAGGAGCACCUAUGAAUAAUUGUUGGGUUUCAUCGAUGGUACAGCAAGGAAAAUUUGUCGACCCUCUGAAAAUCAAGAAGAGUAUUAUUCAGGACACAAAAGGUAUCACUGCAUAAAAUUCCAAUCAAUAAUUUGUCCUGAUGGAAUUAUUGUUAGUUUGAAAGGCGCAUAUCCGGGAAGAAGGCAUGAUGCCAGAAUAUUUAGGGAGUCAGGUAUCUCUGAAGAAUUAGUGCAAAAGACAUGUUUUGACACAAGACGAUUUGUUUUAUUUGGUGAUCAAGGAUAUGGGCUGAGUGA